AUGGCGGCUUCGGCCCUUGACAAGAACCGAGAGAAAAAGGAGCCCCAAAUUACAAGGGUCAAGGUCCAGAGAGCCCCUCUGAAGUAUGCCCAAUCGCUCCACAAGCCAGUGUGGUUCGUGUCAGGAGCCCAGUACGAGCUGAAGGACAGCCCCGGGGUCCAGCACGCGGCCUUCCCCCACCACCACCCCGCUUUCUACCCCUACGGGCAGUACCAGUUCGGGGACCCCUCCCGGCCCAAGAACGCCACCCGGGAGAGCACCAGCACCCUCAAGGCCUGGCUGAACGAGCACCGCAAGAACCCCUACCCCACCAAAGGCGAGAAGAUCAUGCUGGCCAUCAUCACCAAGAUGACCCUCACCCAGGUCUCCACCUGGUUCGCCAACGCCCGCCGGAGGCUCAAGAAGGAGAACAAGAUGACGUGGGCCCCGCGGAGCCGCACCGACGAGGAGGGCAACUCCUACGGCAGCGAGGAGGACCCCGAGGGCGACAAGCGCGACCCCGACGACGAGGAGAUCGACCUGGAGAACAUCGACACCGAGAACAUGGAGAACGCCCCGGCCGGGGGCCAAGGGGGCCCGCUCCUCUUGGAGGAGGAGGAAGAAGAGGAGGAGGAGGAGGAGGAGGAGGAGGAGGAAGAUGACUCCGAACUCCCCGACGACGCGGCGCGGCUGCACUCCGACGCCAAAACCACGGACUCCGACGGCUCCGACGGCUUGGAGGACUUGGCCGCCCCGGAGAGCUUCUUGAAGGCCAUGCAGGCCCGGCACGCGGGCCAAGGGGCUUCCCCGGGGGGGCUCCGGCCGCCCCCCGCCUCUCCGCCCGGCUCCCCCCCGACGGCGCCCAGCCCGGCGUUGCCCCCGCCGCCCGCCAAGCCCAAGAUCUGGUCCUUGGCCGAGACGGCCACCAGCCCGGAUAACCCCGCGCGGAAAUCGCCCCCCGGCGGCGGCGGCUCCCCGCCCGCGGCCUCGGCGGCCCCCCCUGGGCUGCCCCACCCGUCGCCCGCCGCGGGCCCCGCGCACAGACUCGUCUCCUCGUGCCCCCUGGGCAAGUUCGCCACCUGGUCGGGCCGGGCUUUUGCCCACCACCACCACCCCCACCCCCACCCGCACCCCCACCCGCUCGCCUUGCUGAACACUCCCCACCUCUUGGGACUCGGGGGGGCCAACCCCGGCGCAGCCCCCAACGCGGCGGCCCUGGCGGCGUUCUCCAGACCCGCGGACCAAGCGCAGAGCGCGGAGCCCUCUGGAACAGAUCGAUCUAGUGCCUUGGAAGUAGAGAAAAGGUUAUUAAAGACAGCAUUUCAACCAGUUCAGAGGCGGCCUCAAAACCAACUUGAUGCAGCUAUGGUUCUAUCUGCGUUGUCCACCUCCUAGUUAAUUUUUUUUUAAUUAUUGUUCGAAUGAUUGUAAAAUAAAAUUCUCUGUAUAGUUACAACUUGUACGCAUGCCCAUGUAUUAAAUGGAAAGGAAAAAAAAAAGACAAAAACCAAGAAAAAAAACUGCUUCUCUGUACUAUCCAUCUGGGUUAGCUGAGUUUGUGAGGUUUUUUUGAAAGUCCAGUGAGAAAUAGGAGUCUUUAAAUUUUUUUGUAUAUAUAGUAAAAAAACAAAACAAAUUGUACAUAUAUGUGAACCAAAUUGUACAAGAAAGUAUAUAUUUUUGGCUAAUAAACUGUUGCCACUUUGACUACAA